AUGGAAGAACGAGCUAUUCACAUUUCCUCAGUUAAUCGAGAAAAAAGAGGAACAAACAGACCUGGUGAUUUUACAAUAAAGUUUAAUCCACCUCUAAAACUUGACCCUGAAAUGAAACACGAACUUGCUCUUGAUCGGUUGUCUAUGACUUACUCUUGGUACAACAGUAGAAGUAAUUAUGACAACAAUAAAAUCAAAUACACCCAUGAUGGAAGGACUUGGCAAACAAUUACUUUUACAGAUGGAAUGUAUUCCUACUCAGAUAUUAAUGAUUACAUUCAUCAAUACAUGGCUCAAAAAAAUCAUCACACAACAAAUUCCAAAGGAGAAAAGAAGUAUUCAAUCAAUCUAACUUUUAUUCUCUCCACAUAUCGAGUUUUAAUUUCAAUUGAUGGUGAUUAUCAACUUGAUCUAAGAGGAACAGAAUUUGGAGACCUAAUUGGAUUUGAAAAGAAACUUAUUACAAAAACAGAGUAUGGAACAAAACUACCAAAUAUCACAAAUUCGAUUGAUGUGUUGAAUAUUAAC